UAAAACGAAAAAAAAAUUGGAAAAUAGAUUGAAUAAUCGAUCAAUUUAAAAUUUUAAAAUAAUUGAAUCAUUUUCGGAAUGAAACCCUGUUUAUAUAGCCUAUACAAUAUUUUUAAAGCAAGCAAAAAUGAAUGUGCCUAAUUUGUAAGUGAAAUAAAACAGAAACCCAAUAUACUUAUAUAUUUUGUGACAGAAGGAUGUGUAAAAAUUUUCGAAAAUAAAAGAGAAAUAAUUUUCGACAUUAAAAGUGCACACUCACCUAUUGCAAGUGUUAUAAAAAUUCUAUGAGUGCACUAAAACAUAUUUCUUGAAGCCGUUAAUGUGUUUUCGAGAUAGCGCAACAAUUAAAAAAAAAUGAAAAUGCAAAUAAAGUGCAAUUUCAGAAAUUGUUUCCAUAUAAAAAAUUACUUUUAAAUAAAAUACCAGUAAAAACACAAAAUUCAGUGUAAAACGCGAUAUUCGGCGUGUGAAGAAAGAAGUGAAAAUAAAGCAACACCAGAGCAAAGCAGGAAAUACAAUUUUGAAAAAAGACACAUACAUACAAACACAUACAAUUGCUGGAGUAACAAAUAAUUGAAUAAGAACAGCAGCAAAGCAUUUGCGUGGCAGUAAAAAGCCACAAAAAUUAUAACAAAAACAACUAACAAGGAUAAAAAGGAUAUUUGAAAAUGUUAUGAUUCCUUCAAAGCAACAAGUUUAACCAAUAGGGAUCCAGUAAUUAACACAUUCACAAAUAUAUUUUGUUGUCGUCGACUUAUGGUCCUCCCCAGUCAUCCACCAGCGCACCCGUCAUACUAAAAUUAUACCUGCAUUUUUGGAUACCCACACCCAGUCCUCCUCAGUCAUCGGCUUGCGUUCAUAAGAACUGGAAGGAAAAAAAUUACUCGCAUGCACCGUAAAAUACAAUGAAGUUUUGCAGCAUGAACGGACCAAGUGAAUCUGAAGUUGAAAGCUUACUUAUGAGUCCAUGCUGGGGUCCAACACAGAACGGCAGCCAAGAUCAAUAUCUGCUUGAUGGCCAUAAAUUACUGCUGGAGCACGAUCUGGAUUCGCUGCCCAGCGACACGGAACAGAAAAAUUCGCUAGAUGUGCUCGAUAAUCUGCUCUUGAAUACAUCCUCCCUGAAUGCGCUGUCUGACCUGAAACCACUACCACCGUUCACCGGCUAUACAGGGCACUUGUCCAUAAAUGGCAUCUCGGGACAUCAUUAUCAUGCGAUCGCACAGAGGCUACCUGAUGAGAGUAACAACAAUUACAUACAAAGCGCCUACCAGACGAAUCACACGUCGACGACCGGCAAUGGCACGACCACCAUACAACUGGCGGCGGCGACGUCGGGCACAUCACCGUUACCAUCGAUGUCGAGUGGCGGUGGCGGUGGUGGUGCCAACAGUCAUUGCUCUUCGGCCGAUCACAACAUAGUUUCCUCGUCUACAUGCUUGCCUGAAAGCGUUCUGAGUCCGGACGCGGACGCUUGCCUAAACGAUGUGAAACUGUUCGCUGAUAGUCAAUUAGAUAGUAAGCUGUACUCAAUGGCCGAUAGUUGUGUUAUGUCUGUAGGUGGCACGGCUGGUAUUGGUGGUGGCGGCGGUGGUGAUGCUGGCGGUGGCAUAGUCAACAAUGGUAAUGGUAUGGUGGGCGGUGGCGACCAAGGCACGGAUUCGCUACACAGUAGUGUACGAAUUUAUACCGACGCCAAAGAUCUGUCCGAGUAUGUAGAUAUGAACUCGAUAGAUGACAUUGCGGCCAUAAUUGGUUCGGCGAUAGCAGACACAACGGUGCCCAAUCAAUUGGAUAAGGAUGAUGGUAACGACACGCGUGACUCAUGGAUGGACUUGGAUGCGUGGAUCGAUGGCAAUUGCAUACAGCAAGAUGGCAAACUGCUUGUGUCGCAACAGGAUGCGCUUAGUGAAUUUAUCUUGCCACACUCGCCCGUGCAUCCAAACUCCACGCUACAGAAUUUGCUCACGCACGGCUACAUGCCCUUCCUGCAGAAUCGCCUACAAAAUGGUCCACCACAACAACAACAGCACACGCAACAAGCAAAUACAGCCACAAUGAAAAGUGAAGCGCCCAGUUCUACCUCAUACUGUAACGAGUUGCCCACAGCAACAUCCACCUCGAGUCCGCCAGGUUCCGUUGUCUCGACCACGGACAAUCUGAUGAUAAAUCCGCGUUAUCUCACAAAUCCACAGCCGUACCAAGUCUCCAUGUCUUCAAUGAAAUCCGAUGGUCUCUGCAGUCCCGACAUGCUGGGCAAUUAUCCACACACGACGACCAUUACACCCACUAGUACACCGAAAAGGAAACCUUCACGUUCCCAAAAGAAAUCCAGUCAACAACAAGCGAAUGCACAGUCUAGCAGUAGCGCACUUGGACCGCAACAACUCAAUGCAAUUUCACCAUCAUCCGUCAACUUCAGCGCCAACGAUCUGUCUGGUCUGCUGGGGAAAGAGAAACCCGUGCAUCGGUGUAGUAUAUGUAAUCGGGGUUUUCUCAAUAAGAGUAACAUCAAGGUCCACCUGCGUACGCAUACGGGGGAGAAACCAUUCCGUUGUGAUGUUUGCGCUAAAGCGUUUCGACAGAAGGCGCACUUGCUCAAACAUCAACAGAUACAUAAGAGAAUUGGGCGUGACUGACACGAUGCGCGCGAGGAUCACGAACAACAGAGCAGUGUUGUCAUGAUGCACGCCAAUAUGCGAGCGUUCAAGCCCAAAUCUUCAAAAUCGUUGCAUCUGAGAGUGUCCUAAGUGUGUGCGUGUACGCGUUUGUAUCGAGAGCGCGUAUUUGAAUAUACUCUAUAUAUUCAAGUACUUUGAAGCUACUAUUAGAGUGGUUAGCUGUUCUGUGGCUAUUGCCGGAGCUUCUCCGAUAACUAGCCACAUUAGAGCUACACCAACUCCGCCACACAACAACACUCGCGGAGGCGACGUAGUGUUCAUUGAAGGCGUUGAAAUGUUGCCAUCACUGCGCUGAGCGUGAGGGUGGUAAUUGAGUGAGAGCUUUAAGCUUACACUCAACUACUCAAUGCCUCUUUGUUAGUGUUACUCAAUUCAAUGUCCUUCAAUGAGCGAGUGCGUGUUGCGAAUUCCGAAAUGUAUGCCCUUAUACAGAGUGUGGUGAGUAUUUUCUGUAUAUUAAUUUGACUACAUUUGAAAACCACUUAAAUUCCAUGGGAUGAGAGUACAACCUUUUGUAGUUUAGUUAGUAACGAAAAUACUUUUACUUUGAAAAUAUUGUAUAUUUUAUGUGGCUCUUUUGGAAUACGAGACACGCAGUCAAUAUUUGUUAUUCGUUGUUGUUGAUUGCUUUUGAUCUCUUUAGUUUUACUCAAUGUAGGCUUUAGCGCCUUUUAAAAAUAUGGUUUUAAUAAAUUAAGGCAUUUAGCUCGUCAUUCCCUUAUACAAUUUCGGAAAACCUGAAAUACGUAAUGUGGAAACAAUAUUUUAACGAAUGUACGUAAUAAUUACUCUUUUCAGCUUUCACUAUUGUUUAGAAAUAAACUUUGAAAAGCUUAAAGCACUUUUAUGUUAAAAUUUGAAUUUACAAGAAGAUAGAGUAGAAACAGAGAGCUAACCGGAUAAAUAAUUAAAUCUUUCGAAAGCUUACAGCUUUUUAUAUUAAAUUUGAUUUUUGUUUAAUUUAUCAUCAGUUUCUAUUAUUUAUCCAUAUUACUAGGAAAAUAUAUUGCAUAAUCAAUUUGUGUGAAAAUAAAAAGUGAAAUAAGGUAGAUGUUUCCUAAAGUUCUUUUCUGGUAUACUCCAAAGCUAACAUUAUAUAAUACAUAAUAUAGCUUUCAACAGAUAUUUUGGCUUGAACAUUGAAACAAGGAUUGAGUUGAGCGCUUUUAAUCAUGGUUUCACGCAAUAUCUGUUAUUUUUUUAAAUGGGAAAUCCUCAAAUCCGAAUUCGUCAAAGAAAUGGCAUUGGCAACUUGACUAAAAAAUACAGUUAGCGUGUGAAUAGCGUUAGGCCUAUAUUUUAGAGCAACGUCAAUGAGUGACUAUAGCGAGCGAAAACUCAAAGAGAGCACAAGCAA